AUGUCGCGCCCUUUGGAGGCCUGGUUCCGUGCCGUCGGCCACCAAGGGUCGUAUCUUGCGCGCUGUGGCCACGCGUUUGAGCGCCUUGAGCGACGCUCGCGCUCAAGUUCUUCUUACAACACCGCCGCCAUUCCCGGCCCAGACUUUCCAGUCUUCACCACGGAUCAAACACAGUCAACAUGGCUUCCCUCCAGUUCCUCGAGCCUGCCGGCAUCAUCCGCGCAACAGCAACAACUCCAGCACCUGAAUCUGCCGCCUCAUCAACAGGACUUUGUCUUGUUCGAUCAGCCGAUCAAACUUCGUCAACAUAAUCGCUCUGUCCCGCAACCUUCCGCCAACGGAGGUGUAAACUCAAACCAGCAACAUCGUCACCAGCCCUUGUUUCCGCAACAACAGGUCCCGACCUCGCCGUCUCUGCAGAACCAGCGAGUUGCUAGCAUCAUCCAGGCCACUGGACACCAAGCGACCUCUUCGGCUUUUACCAAUCGGUUUAGUUCUCCUGCGCAGAAUCAGAAUCAGCAUCAGUUCUACGCUUCGUCCGCUCCAUCGUCAUCGGUCGCUUUGACCCAGCAGAACAGGCCCGCGCGCCCGCCCGUUCCUCUGUUCCCGCAAAGCACUGGUAAUCUCCACCGGGGCAAGAUGAACAUUCAGGAUCUUGAUUUGGACGAGUUCACCGCCUUCGAGGGUGGUGCCUCUACCACUGCCUAUUCUUCACCCGCGCUCGCGAGCGUUUUCGACCUGAGCGGCAGUGCUUCCAGCUCGACAACCAACAUGGGCACCGUCUCGCCCCAGGAUCUCCUGAUCCAGGAGCCGUUCAUGUCGGCGCCCAACUCCACUGCUCUCACGGCUCUCACAUCGCCGUCCAUCUAUAACGAGUCCCCCGAGUUUGGGGACGUGUACGAUGUGUCUCCCAGCUUUGGAAGCGGCGACUUCGACAACGGGUCAACCGAUGCUUGGUACCCGCUUUUUCCCCAGAACAAUGCCCGGCCCGAGGCGCCCCAGAAGCCUACCAGCGCUGAGCAAUCCCCUGCCUCCAAGUCGGACGACCUGGAGGUUGCCUCGGCACUGGGACACCGUCGCAAGUCGUCUGGGACCUCGCCCCCGACCCGCCCGUCUUCUAUUGCUGGCGUUGGCUCUCGUCGUCGUGACAAGCCCCUUCCCCCUAUCAUUGUGGAGGAUCCGUCCGACGUCACCGCCAUGAAGCGCGCCCGCAACACCCUCGCGGCUCGCAAGUCUCGGGAGCGCAAGGCUCUCCGCCUGGAUGAGCUGGAGGAGAAGAUCUCGAAGCUGACGGCUGAGCGUGACCACUGGAAGAACAUCGCACUCGCGCAUGGUGCAAAGGAGUAAACAAAAUAUCAGGUGCUUGGUUUCUUGGAACGAUAUAUUACCCCUCAAUGUCGACAGCGCAUUGAGGAGGGGGUUUUCCCUGUGGUUAUUUUCCGUUUUUCUAGUUUAGGUGGAUUCCUCUAUUUCAGUUGCCUGUCUUUUUAGGUCAGGCUUGGAACCAGCGUGUAUUGUUAUCUGGGUUUCUUAGGACCGCAACAAAGAUUAUCAUCUC